AUGGACCACCUUGCUCUGGAGCUCACUGCGCGACCCGAAUUCGAGAUCCUCAAGGUGCUGAUCCAGGAUCCCAACUCGAGUCCCGCUAGACCAGUCCACAAACUGCUCCGGACACGCGAGGCCCAAAGUCUGGCGCAAGCGGAAGAACCCCCCAGCGAGAUCGAUGACGUCCACGCGUCGUUCCCAAUGCGGUCGCUCAUCGAGCUCGCCAAUCUCACUCCUGCUUCUCAGCAGACCAAGCUCGAGGAAUUUGUCUCCCAGCUCCAGAGAUUCCGGGUGUGUGAUCGAGCAACAGGCCAACAGCCGACGGCGCUCAACUUGACACUGUGGACCGACCUCCCUUACCUCCGGGUCCAUGUUGACCAGAUGGUCGGCUUUAAUCCACUGACUUUGCCGGCUGCUCCCCCCGUGUUGUCGAUCUCUGGCCCACGCUAA